UUCUAGUUUUGAGUUAUUUUAUGUCAAUAAAUAAAAAUAUGUCAAAAAUCAUUUUAACUCUCCUGCUGCUAGGAGUCGCAUUAAAUUCUUCUAAUGGUGAUGUCCUAAACGAUCUCAUGCAUUUGGAUCAAAUCGAUUUGAGUGGUUUUGAAAUAUUGGGAAUACUUUUGAAACCCGAUGAGCCAAUUGAAUUAAAAGUGGGCGAAAUUAUUUUAAAUCGUUUGUUGCACAACAUGAGUAAACGUGGCGAUGAUCUUCAUAUGGAAGUGGAUUCAGCCUCUUCAUUUAAUUUGGAUCAGGUUAUCACAAUCGAUGCCCAAUUAUCAUCAAAUUCUGAAGAUUCAAGUUCUGUUGAACAAAAAUCGCAAAAGUGUAAAGUAACAAUUACUCUGCAUUUGUUGGCUAAAAACACGGAUGUGUCAUUCGCUUGUGAAGGUCAACCAACCAUUGAGAAACAAUUCGAGUGGAACAAAUAAGCGUGGCAAAUAUUUUUUGGAAAGGAGAAAAUACAAAAAAAAAAAAAAAAAAAACAUUUAAGAAA